GGGGCGGGGGGGGGGGGCAGAGAGAACGAGGGAAGGCGCAGAGCAGGAAAGGGCAAAAACGAGACAGAACGAGGAGCGGAGUUGGGCCGGCCAAGCCGCGAGCGGAGCGGCGGGGAAGGCUCCGCCCGGCCGCUGAGAGGCGAUGGCGGAUAUAGACAAGCUCAACAUCGACAGCAUCAUCCAACGGCUGCUGGAGGUGCGAGGAUCAAAACCAGGCAAAAACGUCCAACUUCAAGAGAAUGAAAUUAGAGGACUGUGCUUGAAAUCCAGAGAAAUCUUCCUGAGUCAGCCUAUUCUACUAGAACUUGAAGCUCCACUGAAAAUCUGUGGUGACAUCCAUGGACAAUACUAUGACUUGCUUCGACUCUUUGAGUAUGGGGGUUUUCCACCAGAAAGCAACUACCUGUUCCUUGGUGAUUAUGUUGACAGAGGAAAACAAUCUUUAGAAACAAUUUGUCUUCUAUUGGCCUACAAAAUUAAAUACCCAGAGAACUUUUUCCUCCUCCGAGGGAACCACGAAUGUGCCAGCAUCAAUAGAAUUUAUGGGUUUUACGACGAAUGUAAGAGAAGAUACAAUAUUAAGCUGUGGAAAACCUUCACAGACUGUUUUAACUGUUUACCAAUUGCAGCUAUUGUGGAUGAGAAAAUAUUCUGCUGUCACGGGGGUUUGUCACCAGACCUUCAAUCAAUGGAGCAGAUCAGACGAAUCAUGCGCCCCACGGAUGUACCGGACCAAGGUCUCCUGUGUGAUCUCCUGUGGUCUGACCCUGACAAGGAUGUCUUGGGCUGGGGUGAAAAUGACAGAGGAGUGUCCUUCACUUUUGGUGCUGAAGUGGUUGCUAAGUUUCUCCAUAAACAUGAUUUGGAUCUCAUAUGUAGAGCUCAUCAGGUUGUUGAAGAUGGAUACGAGUUUUUUGCAAAAAGACAAUUGGUAACUCUCUUUUCUGCCCCAAAUUACUGUGGAGAAUUUGAUAACGCGGGUGCCAUGAUGAGCGUGGAUGAAACACUAAUGUGCUCUUUCCAGAUUUUGAAACCUGCAGAGAAGAAGAAGCCCAAUUCCAGCAGACCCGUAACACCUCCCAGGGGUAUGAUCACAAAACAAGCCAAGAAAUAGUCACUUUGGCACUGCCUUGUUGGGACUUGUAUCAUAGUCUAUAACCUCCAUUUUUAAACCUGUCAUGUGUGCUGUUCAGCUUGCUCAAAAUAGAUAAUGUGUUUGUGAUUUUCCUUUCCAUUUGAUGAAUGGCAUUUGCUGGUUGUAACAGCGAAUGAAAGACUUUGCUCCCUCCCAGGAAAAGAGUUUGAAAGUCCCCCUGUGUCGGUGUUCCAGCUGCACACUCCACAGCAUCUCCCUGCCAGCCGGGUAACUGAGGGGCUGGUGGGACCUGUACCAUGAGUAGUGUAAAUCUUGUUCUUUAGGAUCUAAAGAGGGCACUCGUGUGCUGUGAGAGUAGAGAUUGUUCCUGUCAGCGAUUACAUACUGUUUAUACAAACCACUGUGAACUUUUUUUAUGUUUUAUUUCGUUUUAAAGGGAUUGCUUUUCUUUUAAUGUCUUGUCAUGUACACGUUUAGUUUUAUUGCUGUCGACAUUAGGGAUAACCUUCAACCUUGCCAGCACCACUGGUAGGAUGUAUAUUUAAUUCAGAUACACGUCCCUCUCCGUAUACUUCAAUGACAAUUAAAGCCAUUAUUUUAAGUGUUUGUGUCUCUUUCCUGAAGCCAAAGUUUGCUUAGAAACCCGUUUGUACACAACCCCCCUGCUGUGUUGGCCGGGCUUCCCAUCCACGCCUUCCUCUCGGAGAGAAAAGGAAGUCCUGGCUGGAAAUAGCAGAUAGAAAGGCUUGUCCAUGCUCCAAGUGAACAUGUUUUUGUACAGUUCCUGUGCGUUCAGUCGAGCAGAUCACAGUGCUGAGACAGCAGUCCCGGGGCAGUGACACAAAUGGCUCUGGAUCUGCUGGAAGGGGUUUGUGCAUUUCAGCAUAAAGACUUUGUUCUACAAAGAAACCUAGAAACUCACUUGAUAAGCCAACCAGAGGUGUUGAUCUUGAUCACUGGUUUAUAUAAAUCUCUCACAGAAUCUUGUUUUUUAAAAACUGUUGAUCUUUUUUGAACAGAUGACAGUGUACAAUACCAUGUAGUGAAAAUCACUUAUUAAAUGAAGAAAUUGUUAAA